CCUGAAAAGUCAAAUUUGGCAGUGAAAAUAUUGAGGAAAAGAUGACACUGUAGGCCUACAUUUAUGCACCUCCAUCUGCAAUAUCAAAGGGUCUCUCUCCAAGAAGGCAGAAUCCAGAGCUGUUGGUUCAUACCUUAAAAAUCAGCAUAACAUGCCUUCGGCUGAGAGAAUCGUAGCACUUGUUGACAUGGACUGCUUCUACGUUCAGGUGGAGCAGAGACGGAACCCAACGCUCAAGGGCACGCCCUGUGCAGUGGUGCAGUACAACACCUGGCAAGGAGGGGGAAUUAUAGCCGUGGGGUAUGAGGCCAGAGCACAUGGAGUGACCAGACAAAUGAGAGGUGAUCAGGCCAAAGAGAAAUGCCCAGCUAUCCAACUGGUCAGAGUCCCAGAGAAUAGAGGCAAAGCAGACCUCACAAGGUAUCGGGAAGCCGGGGCCGAGGUUAUCACUGUACUGACCCAGUUCAGCGGCUGUGUAGAGAGGGCUAGCAUUGAUGAGGCCUACGUAGAUCUGACCGAGGCGGUACACCUCCGUCUGGCCCAGAUGGCCGGGGAGCCUGUCAGCGUAGACAUGCUGCCUCACACCUACGUGGCGGGAUGGGAUGGACGGGGUGCUGAGCCAGAGGCAGCCGAGCGGGAUGAAGGUAGUCGAGACCAACGCCAGGAUGGCGGCAACGGUCCCUCGGCGGUGUUUGUCACUGAAGAAGAUGCCAGGAGAACUGGUACCUUUCAGUGGCUGGACCAGCUGACAGAUAUCGAGGGCAAGCGGCUUGCCAUAGCGGCCGUCAUUGUCGAGGAGAUGAGGGCCGCCGUGCUGCAGCAGACCAAGUUCCACUGCUCGGCGGGAAUCUCUCACAACAAGGUGUUAGCUAAGCUGGCAUGUGGCUUGCAUAAACCCAAGAAACAGACCGUGGUGCCCAAGCAGAGCGUGGAACGGCUCUUCAAAACCCUGCCCAUCAACAAAAUUCGCAAUUUAGGUGGGAAGCUGGGGCGAAGCCUGACAGAGGACCUGGGUGUCGAGUUCAUGGGGGACCUGUGCCGCUACACAGAGAAACAGCUUCAGGCCAAACUGGGCGACAAAACGGGUGCCUGGUUGUAUGGUCUCUGUCGCGGCGUGGACGACGAACCAAUCAGGGCUCGGCUUUUGCCCAAAUCAGUAGGCUGUGGCAAGAACUUCAGAGGCAAGAUGGCAUUGGACACAAAACAGAAGGUUAAGCACUGGAUCAGUCAGCUAGCUGAGGAACUGACAGAGAGAUUGGUCAGGGAACAAGACCUGAACAACCGCACAGCCAAGUUGCUGUCGGUCCAUGUACAGCAGACCGGGAAUUCAACGACCGGCUUGAGCCGUUCCUGUGCCCUGCACCACGUGGAUGCCUCUACCAUAACCAAGGAUGUCUUCAUGGUCAUUCAGAGCCUCAACGUGGCUGGCAAUCAGCAAGAAGCAUGGGUGCCUGCGAUCACUUCGUUGGGCAUGUCAGCAUCCAAAUUCAGCGAGAUCCAGACGGGGAAAUCGGGCAUCAAACGCCUGGAUACUUUCCUGACGAGUGUGGCCAAGAUGAGCGACGACCAACCCUGCACCUCCUCUGCCACGGAGGAUGAGGACGGGGGCCCAGACUCGGCGGGCGGUGCCAGCCCUGUGCCCGACAGCCGACAGAAGGGGUCGAAUGCGGGCCGCGCACCCAAGGAGCUUCCAGUGGCCAGAAAGUAUGGGAUUCAGGCCUUCUUCACACCGUGGAAGGACCAGACCCACGACAAGAGGUGUCCCGUGGUUGCCAACAGCAGCAACUGCAAUGGAACCAAUAGUGGAGUGCCACAGUCAGAAACGGAAUCCCCAGAGAGAGCGAAAAAGAGACCUGGGAAAAAGAGCGGACAUGCCUUCUUCAGGAACUACAUUCAGAAGGUGAUAGAGCCGACCGGAGGCGAUGACAAAAUGGAUAUUCAUGCCAGCCAGUGUGUGAUGUUGGAUGUACACAAGAGCAAGAGAGAUGGGGAUUGCAUCAUGGAACAUACAGAUAUGGAGGACAGCCAUUUUGAUAGUUUGGCCAACACCAAUUCAACCUUGGGCACAGGUGAUCGUGGAACAGGGUCAGGUGCAAAAGAAGAAAAGAUCGUCGAAAAGCCCCAAACAUUGUGUGUCAGUGAGCAUGGAACUACCUCAGUGGCAUCGGCUGAGCUGAACUUAUCACCUGCCCAUGACCAGUCAGAGCAGCCACCGAGCGAGGUGGCCUUUGACUCCACUAAUAACCCGAGUCGGACCCCAGACACGGUCACUUGUGACAAGUGCAACAAGGCUGUGUCCCCCUGGGAAUACCCGGAACAUCUGGACUACCACUUUGCCCUAGAGUUGCAGGAACAAAUGCAAGGGCCUCCACGGCCGCCAGGGGCUGCAAACAAUCUGCACAGUCCAGCCGGAGCUGGAGCCCUACAAAGUCUCUCUGGGUCUGGCGGAGGAGUUGGGGGCCUCAAGAGGAGGGGAAAAUCCCCCAGGUCAUCCAAUGGGUCCAAAAAACUCAAAACAGAAGCUUCGUCUGGGACACUUCAUUCAUUUUUUAAGCAAAAAUAACAGGAACAUUAAUAUUGAAAAGCUUAAAAUACUGGCAUUGUCACUAAGGUAAUCGGUGCAAAAUUCAGAUAUCACGAACAAUAUUUUUUCAAUUUUUUGACUGAAUGUUUUAUUAUGAUUCUCUAAGUUUGCAUUCUAUUACGCCACAAGCAAUGAUUUCAAGCCUGGUGACACUUGUUACGCGUACCUGUACGUGAAGGGUUAGCCAUCUUGCACUGUAAUCUCACUCUCAAGCGCAGUGUUGAUGUCCAUCAGCAACCUGUUCCAACUCUGCAGAUGCUCUGUGCAGUAGAGGUACAUGUUAGGGUUUCCAUCAACUCUCACCGAAAUGAAAUGUUUCAUACAAUUCCAAUUUCUAUUACGUGGAACAGCACGUGUGUACGUACACACUGCGCAAUGUGCAUUUACAGUACACGUACAAUGUGAUAUCACAGAAUUCCGUGCAUGGCAGACUGGGUCUCGUGAGCAGUGUUGUGUGUCAGAUUUAUCAAAAUAGAAAGUAGGCUUUAUUUACCUAGAUAGUUUAUAGUGUUGUCUCUUUUGAAUUGUCACCAUUAGAGGCCAAAUGUGCAUAAGAUAUAAAACCAUUAGUUUUUUUUGCCGUGCAUUUUUGCAUCUUGAGAGUUACCGUCGGUGUGCUGAAAGUACUAACUCUGGGAGGCAAGAUGCAUUCAUUCUUGGUUAUUUCGUGUAAUGUACACCAUGUGGACAGGUCUCUUGUUUUGGAGGACUGGCUUAGUACACAUGCAAACGCCGUCAUAUUUUUUAUGUAAUUUAUCCAUGUGUAAAUGCAAUGCAAAAAUUGUCAGUAAUUUAAUUAACAUAUUAGAGGAAAUACUUCAUUUUGUACUGAGUAACUUGGGCGUGUAAGUGCAAUAAAACAAGUGAAACCUGA